GGCUCCCUUCCCACCUAAGGCGUUGAUUUGCUCACUCCCUUAUGUGAUGAAUCAAUGCUUCCAGAACGGGGGCUCCCGAGGGACUGCGGGAACAAUCACUUCCAAAUGAACUCGUGCAUCCUAGCCGGGAGUGUUCAGACCGCACCCCAGGUCUCUUCUGGUGACUCUGAAGCCAAACCUCUGAUCUUCACAUUUGUUCCCACUGUCAGAAGACUACCAACCCACUCCCAGUUGACUGACACCUCUAAAUUCCUUGUUAAAAUUCCUGAGGAGCCAAGCGAUAAGACUCCAGAAACUGUAAAUAGGUCUAUUUCCAAUGAGUACUUGACCUUGAAUGCUGGGAGCCAACGGGAGAGAGACGGAGGAACGUUGACUUAUCCUUUAGAGGUGAAGGACAAGAUUUCACAAGGAAAGGGACUGAAAGCAAACGAACCUCAAGGAAUGCAGCAGAGUGACCUCUUCAAAGCUGAAUAUGUCUUCAUUGUGGACUCUGAAGGAGAGGAUGAAGCUCCAAGCAGACAGGGUGAACAGGGCCCCCCAGUGGGGGUGGACACCACAGCUGCUCGGCCCCGGUCUCUGGCCCUCUCCUCCAGUCUGGCCUCUGACGUGGUGCGCCCCAAAACCCGGGGGGCAGACCUCCAGGCCCCACCACAUCCUGAAAUGCCCCAUGGAGUGGCUCCUCAGCAAAAACAUGGGCAGAAACCGCCACCUGACCCAGUCGACCUCGCCGGAGCCUCUGUCCUGGAGGAGUUCCACACGAGGAGGCUGGAUGUCGGUGGGGCCCUGGUGGAGGAAACGGCUACGUACUUCCAAACUUCCGCUCACUCUGCACCCUUUUUUGCAUCGGAGGGCACGUCCUCGACGCCACAGUUUCCCCAUCCCGCUCAGUUACCAGGUUCUCAUUUAUCCAGUGCAAGGGCAGCCCAUCCGAAACCUGGACUGACAUCCGAAGGUCUCGAGAAGACGACGACGACGGUCACCUCGCACGUCUUUAGUCCCAGAGGGAGUCCGAGAACCUCCUCUCCUCCGCCGCCCUCGGGUGCUUCUCCGAAGCCGAAUUCAGCCUCGUACAUCCCCGUGCGCAUUGUCACGCGUUCACUCUGUCCGAGCCCCAGACCCUUCCCCCUCCCUUUCCACGGCUCUUCAUCCACCGUCUGCAGCCGCGUGUCAUCGAGCGGGAGCCUCUCCAAGUCAGGGGUGAAGUCCCCGCUGCCCUCCCGGCUUUCCCUCCUCACCGCCAUCCUCAAGUCCAACCCUUCUCACCAGAGACCCCUCUCCCCGGCCUCCUGUCCCACUUUCUCUCUCAACUCCUUGGCUUCUUCCACACUCACACUCGAUCAAAAAGUAAAACAGACUCCAUCCACGCCGAAAAAAUCUCUCUCGAGUUGCUCCCUAAGAGCCGGGUCUCCAGAGCAACGGGAGAACCAGGUUCCUGAACUCGGCCAACACUUAGCCUUUUCCACCAAAGCAGCUCGCCUCCCACGGGCGCCCUCCCUCUCCCCCCCAAGGCACGGCAGUGGCAACCUUGUUUCUCUGAAUGUUGAGAAAGCACCGUCGCCCACUUCUUUGAAGGGCGGUCCGAUGUGUUCCCCGCUGCACACCGGCCCCUCCAGUCCUGCAGGUCUGCCUCCCGUUCCACCCAGCUUCCCUCCUCUGUCUUCCAAGGGCAGACAGGAUGCUGACCUCAGGGGCCCAGGAAAGCCCAGGAAUAUCUGCCCACAUCCUUCUCCGUCACCCUCCUCUGCAUCGUCUUCUGUAUCCCCUCCCACUAACCAGAGAGCCAGGCUCUCCUCUCCAGAGAAAUGCUACCAUCCUUCCCCAGCUCUUUCAGACCUGAUAAACAGAUCCCAGAGGCCCUCAGCACAGCCGUCUGGCCAGGGGCACACUCCUCCAGCCCCUUCUCCAGCCCCUGUGUCCAGCGCUGGCACGGCUGCGUCUCUUCCCCGCCUGGGGUCCUCUGCGCUCCCCAGUGCUAGUCAGCCCACGCAGGCGCGCCGGCUCAGCCCCUCAGCGCAGCACGCAGCUCUUACCUUGCCUUCAAGACUUGGGAAAUCUGAAAGCUCAAUCUCUGACCACAGGUCAUCUGUUUCAACCCCAUCACCUCCCAUCUCUCUAACAAGAACCAAGGAGCUGAUUUCACCUUGUGCAAUGUCCAUGUCGACAGGCCCUGAAAAUAAGAAACCCAAGCAACACAAGACCAAGUCCAGCUACAAGGCUUUCGCAGCAAUCCCUACAAACACACUGCUUUUGGAACAGAAGGCACUAGAUGAACCGGCCAAGACUGAGAGCAUCCCCAGGGACAGCACAUUAGACCCACCAUUGGAGUUGUGUUCCCCUGCACAGCUCAGGCAGCAAACUGAAGAGCUCUGUGCUACCAUUGAUAAGGUCUUACAGGAUUCCUUGUCUAUGCAUUCUUCUGAUUCGCCUUCAAGUUCCCUACAGACAUGGUUGGGUUCUGACACAAUCAAAAUGCCUACAACUCUUCCAAGAGCAGCUGGUCGAGAAACCAAAUAUGCAAACCUCUCCUCACCAUCUUCUACAGUAUCUGAGAGUCAGCUGACUAAGCCUGGAGUAAUUCGCCCUGUCCCUGUGAAAUCCAAAAUCCUGCUGACACAAGAGGAGGAGGUCUAUGAACCCAACCCUUUCAGUAAAUACCUGGAAGACGACAGCGACUUCUUUUCUGAGCAGGAUGCACCAGUCCCUCCCAAGCCUGUUUCUCUCCAUCCUUUAUAUCAGACUAGACUCCAUCCUCCCGCUAAGUCCCUGCUGCAUCCACAGACCCUCCCACACACUGACUGUCUUACUCCUGGACCCUUCAGUCACGUGUCCUCCUUCUCCCUGAGUGAUGGACAGGAGAAUUCUCACACCCCGUUUAGUCACAACGUGUACAAUAAGCUGAGUCAUCCAAUGGUGGCUAUUCCUGAACACGAAACUCUUGACUCCAAAGAGCAGUGAAGAUGGAGCAGAAGAUGGAAACAUAAACCGGGCUGAAGUUUUUUGGAGUGCUGGUGCUAAUCACUUGCUAGAUUUAACUUUUAUUAUUAUCAUUAUUGUUUUCAGUCUUAGCGUUUUCUUUAUGAACCGCCACGCAGCAGCGGACCUAAAAAAGCCUCCCGCCGGCACAGAACGUCACAGUAUCGCUAACACCCAGCGUAGGAGACAUUUACCUACAGCUUCUCCCAUCACUGGUAGAGCCUUAACGCCUUCUGUUAAGCUGACAGCAAUACUAAUGCGCCCCUGUGUUUAGCAGCCAAAUAAAGAAGAAAUAUGAGUAAAUAGAAGAAUGGG